AUGGAAACAACGCCAAAGCCAAAGACGACUAUAAAGUUUGUCAGAAGGAUGAAGCCUGGUGAGGUGUCAACACCAAACCCUUCGACGCCAAACAAUGCUACACCAACACCUGGCACAGCAACACCAGGUGACUUGACACCAAUCUCCAGCGUGUCAAUGGACAGUAGCAUCGAUGACAUGACACCAAUCAACAUUGCCCGCAUGCUCUCUGACGAAGCAUCACCAAACACAUUACAACAAGGCAACAACAAUAGUUUCACACCAUUCUCCAACAAUCCAAACAAACGUAAUCGUAGAGGUAUGACUGCUGUCGAGCUGAGCGAGUCAGGCACCGGUGAUGCCAUGUCCGAUCCAGACUCGGACCCAAUGGACGACGACGCCAAAGCUGGUGGUGACACAGAGAUGACCGCAUCAGAGUUCAACCCUCUAUCAAAGAGAGGAGCUCAGAGAAGACUUAGAAAUAUGAAGAAGAAGAAUGAUACCGAGAACCCAGAACAAGAUGAUAGUGUGGAUGACUUGACGGCCGCACAACAAGAUGGUGAUGCACCAACUACUAGCACUACGAGCACAACAACAACAAGUACGAAUACAACGACCGAUCAGACGACGGCAGACAUCGAGUCACCACAGUCCAAGAGACUGUCCAAGAAGCCAAAGAAAUAUAACGAUGGAGAGGAUACCAACAACACCAGCAGCGCCACACCAAUGGACACGUCAUCGUCCACGCCACAGGCAAGGAAGCCAGGUCGUCCGCCCAAGAAGGCCGCGCAGCCAGCCGACGAUGAGAGUGGCGGCGAGCAAGCUGGCGAUGGCGACAAGAAGGGCAAGGGCAGCAAGACCAAAAAGUCGCAGCCCAACGCCCUGGACAUCCGUCCAUGCUGGUACGGCACCUGUACCAAGGCAGACCGUUCACUCAAGCUGCUGCGACCUAGUCUCGUGCCAACAUGCAAGACCCAUGCCAUCAAGUCCGAGUCCAGACUUCACGAGAUGCUUGGCAAAGGUUUCUGGGUCGAGGAGAAGGGAAAUAAGGAUACUGUUUGUGGUAUCUGUGGAGAGUCUACAAAGAGAUUGACUCAUUGCGCGAAUGAGGAGUGCGCCUUUGGCUUCUGCGAGCCAUGCAUCGACUUUGUGAUGGCCAAGUACGAUAACAAACCGGUAGACGACAAGUGGCAGUGCUGGGUGUGCAACGCCAUCAAGGUCAGAGGCAAGGAGCGUGAGAGAACGAGAUGGGUCCGCGAGAUGGUCCAUCCAAGCUCCUACCAGCAACAACCGCGCAAGGUGCGCACCCCAAAGACCUCGUCGACCACGGCCACGCCCAAUCUGACGCCGGUCACGCCCAACCUUCAGUCGCAGCUUCAGCAGCAGCAACUGCAGCUCCAAGGCACACAGCAGCAAUCACAGCAGGGCGAGGACGCCUUUGGUCCAGGCAAGAGAAAGAAGAAGUCAUCUUCCACGCCAGAGGUACGUGGCAAGAAGAGGACGCUGGAGGGCGAGGAGUUGAUCUCGGCGCCAGGCUCACCCGCCUCGGACGCAUCGCCAAGCGCCGUCCAGUAUCACUCGAUCAUGUCGCCCGAGCGCAAGCCCAUCACACCGGUCGACUUCUUCAUCGAUCAAUCGUUCAACUCGAUCAAGUUCUUCAACAACCUGCUCGAGAAUCCCUCAGCCGAGAUGCUGGCGCAGUUCAAGACGCUGGUCAGCACAAUGAACAGCCUGCGUAUGAUCCGCUGGUCCAACGAGUACACUAUGGUGUGGCGCUCAAUUGAGGAGCUGGCGCUGCUCUUCAAGCGCAACCUCGAGUCAUCCCAGACGAUCCUCUCGAUGCAACAGGAGAUGAAGGCGCUGGACGACGACAAGAUCAAGUCGUCCAACAACAUCACGCGCAACCAGCCACUGGAGCGCGCCAUAUCGCGUGUCUAUGAGCACCACCAGCUGUCCAACAUGAUCGAGAAGGAGUGCACAUCGGCCCGCAACGUCCUCGUCAUCUCCAUAGACAACGCGCAAAAGACCAUCGAGGAGAUCCACAAGAACUUUGAGAAGGACGUGCAACACGACAAGGUCAACGAGCAGCGCAUCAACAACGAGCUGGCGCAGCUGGAGGACCAGAUGAAGAAGACGAUGGUCGACCAUCGCCAGCUCAAGACCCACGAGGAGGAGUUGGUUGGCCAGCUGACCACCGUGCGCACCUCCAUCUCCAACCUCGAGGCCAUCCGCGACUCGCUCACCAAGCGUUGCAGCGACCUCAAGAUCGAGACGCUGCUCUCCAAGAACACGAUCUCGGAGCGCGAGACCGACAUCCGCGUCAAGCAGGUCACCCUGGAGAACGAGAUUGGCGCACUCAACGCGCUGAUCAAUCUUAUCGAGGGCGUGUACUGGGGCCACGAGUACUUCUACGGCACCGAGAUAGGCUCGUGCGAGAAGGCCAUCAGCGAGCGACUGACCCAGAUCAACCAGCGCAUGGACUUGACGCGCAACGACAUCCCACUGGCCUACAGCCUGCGCCCCGCCACCAUUCGCGAGCAGAUCACAGAGGACGAUGGCAGCGAGACUGUCGUCACAGUCAACAAGGACGACGAGUCCAUAUCCUUCCUCAACCCAUUCAAGACGCUGUGCAUCUAUCACACAGCAUGCAUGGAGCACAAUGUGCCCAACUUCCAUCUGGAGAAGCCAGACCGAAUCCGCAUUGCCAUCGGCAUCAUCAACGAGUUCUCCAGCAAGUACCCCGGCAUCGUCGAGGUGUUCAACACCCCAGCCGAGGUCGACCUGCGCUAUGUGAUGGCCGUUCACGACGCCCACUACAUCAAGAAGCUCGAGACUCAGCUUCCGCCCGAGAACAGCGACUACGAGACUCACCUUGAGUCUGACAACAGCGGCGCUAUGGUCAUGCGCACACAGAGGAGCGACGACGAGACGCUCUACGACACAUUCGUCAGCAACCGUUCGAUGAAGGCGGCUUUGCGCGCUGCCGGCUCAGUGUGCGCUGCCGUCGACGCUGUCACCAAGCUCGGCUACCACCGCACAUUCUGCGCCAUCCGUCCACCCGGCCAUCACGCCGGCCGCUUUGGCCGCACGAGUGACGCCCCCUCCCAAGGCUACUGUCUGAUCAACAACGUGGCCAUUGGCGCCAAGUACGCCUCGCUGACUGCCGGCUACUCAAGAAUUGCCGUCGUCGACUUUGACGUACAUCACGGCAACGGCACACAAGAGAUCCUGAGUGGCGACGACAACUUCCUCUUUGUGUCGAUUCAUGUGAUCGACGAGAAGCGCUACUUCUACCCAGGCACUGGACGUGACCAGGGCGACACGCCACGCGAAGAUGGCACCUACGAUAGCAACGUGCUCAACAUCGGCUUGAAGCGCUUUGCCUCAUCGUCCGCAUUCAUCCAGGCGUGGACCAAGAAGAUCAUCCCCCGUCUUGAGGCCUACAAGCCCCAGCUGAUCUUCCUUAGCGCCGGCUUUGACGGCCACAAGGACGACCCAACCAACGCUCUCAAGCUCACCGAGGAGGACUACUACACAGUCACCAAGAUGAUCAAGGCCGUGGCGGCCAAGUACGCCAGAGGUCGCAUCAUCUCUGUGCUGGAGGGUGGCUAUGGCAUCGAGCGCAGCAACUCACUUCAGCGAUGUGUGAACGCACAUUUGAAGGCACUGGUCGAGGACUCCAACAACGAGAUACUCUAUUCGCAGGUGGGCGCUGGCGACUUUGGCCUCGUCAAGAAGAUCUACAAUGGCGUGGCAAACAGCACGAUCAGAGAUCCAAACAAGCAAGGAGAUAUUGAGAACAUCACAAUUUACAACAACAUCGCCAGAGACUAUCUGGAGAGCAUCAAGCAGGCGCCCACACCGCCAUCCAGUCCACCCGCCGACGCACCAAGCCAAUCGGAUGGAACUCAAAUGCAGGCUCUUCCAACACCAGCCACUGGAGCGAGCAGUGGCGGCCACGGUAGUGGAGACAAGGAGUCAACAAAAUCAUCUACGACAACAACAUCGACAAUGGAGCAACAGCAUCAACCCACUUUAGCGACUACUACGACCAAGUCCAAUGUACAUAGUUUAAGCGACACUACUACUCCACCCUCAGCAUCAGCCCUGCUGAACGGACAAAGCAGCAGCAGUGAGCCGUCAACAUCAACCACGACCACAUCCAACCCGGCUGCGGCGGCCACCGCCUCUUCGGCCUCCAACCCCGCGCCACCAACAUCCGGAGGUCAGCAGUUAACUAUCACCAGCUUGUUGAUAUAA